GUUAAGGAAUUAAGGCAUUCCAUGUCAGCAACAUUUGAAUACGUAACUUAAAAAAGAAAUUUACAUUGACGUCAAAUCUCACAUCUGCUUUGUAGAAAAGCAAUGGAAAAGCAAUGAGAUUUCUAUAGCUAUGUUUGGAACGAGAGUCCGGAAAUGAUGAUGUUUGCUUUGGUUGCUUAAAAAUAAGUGGGGUCUUGUCCUAAGCUCCUGUACGGGUUUUUAUGCCUGAAAUUUUCAAGCCUAUCUGGUCUGCUUUGCUAUUCUUUCGUUUUUUCCAGAGAAGCAAUUUGCUUCAUGGCUGGAUUGCUUGGUUUUUCGACCAGACUGUGUUAUAUCUUGAUUUGUUGAAGACGACAGUUCCUGUUUGCUAAAAGCUUUUUCUCUCUCUAUUGGGUCAUGCUCCAAGGAGUGAAUAUACAAACUGCAGGCAGGAGUCGGCAUUUAGUUUAUUGCUCAUGGAUGGAAGUAGUUUAUUACCGGCGCCUGAAACUAAUAUAGCAGCUCUGAAAGAAGCCCUUUAUACACAGCAGCAUCUUCUGCAAACCCUUUAUGCCGAGCUAGAUGAGGAAAGAGAAGCCUCAGCCACUGCAGCCAGCGAAGCUUUAUCUAUGAUAUUGCGGUUGCAAGGUGAAAAGGCUUCACUGAAGAUGGAAGCAAGCCAAUAUAAGAGAAUGGCAGAGGAAAAGAUGUGUCAUGCAGAAGAGGCCCUGGCAAUUGUAGAAGACCUCAUGUAUCAGAGAGAAAUGGAGAUUGCAUCUCUUGAAUACCAAGUUCAGGCUUAUAGGUAUAGACUUUUAAGCAUGGGCUGUAAUGAUUUGUGUGUGUACGAGAAUACUUAUCCAGAGAAUCUGUUAAUGCAAAGAAACGAUCCUUUAUUUGGGGAAAAUGGUGCCAACGGAAAUGUAAGGAGAUUCAACUCUCCGCCUCAGGUUUCAACCAAGGAUGCCAGUUACAAUAAAAGUAAUAUUGAAAGGAAAACAUCUAUAGUCCCUGUGCUAGAUACAAUGCAAAUGAAUGCGGAGGAAAUUGCAAUUCGAGAAGCUAAUGAUUCAGAGAAUAAAUCAGGGAGCCCUUCUGGUGCACACGUUUAUUCAUAUUGGGAGCAGAUCAAAAGGUUGGAUGAACGGGUAAAAGAGAUUUCUGGCGACAAAGAUCCCAGUAGGAAAAACUCUGCAACCUGGAAGGGUGGCACUUGGUCUCCGUCAUUGUUUUCACAAAUGGGCACUGGCACAUCUGGCGAUCUAACAAGAACGGAAAAUUCUACUCAUUCAGACAAAGUUAAACAGCAUCAGGAUUCACGGGAAAGUGUUCAGGAUAUUUUUGAAGUCCCACAAACUAUCGAGAGUUGCAAAGUUUCUGAACAUCCUGUGAAAGAACGUCACAAAAUGACUUUGGAAGGUGAAAACAGGCUUCAAAAGCCAGAUAUGGUAUCUGAGGAUAUUCUGAUAACGCCUAAUAAAGAUGAAAGAGACCUGGUAAAGACAAUGGUGCUUUCCACGGUCCAUGAGAAGAAAUUGCCUAAGCCAAAAGAUCGGACAAGUUUUCACCGCAAUGUGUCUCUUGUGAGCCGCCCAGCAAUUAGUGCAAGCAAUUCUCAAGCUGAGUAUCAACAGCUGAGUCAGAGAGUUGAGAGGCUUGAGAGAGUAAGAAACAAUACAAGCCAAGAAAUUAUUUCUGAAGGGGAAGAGGAACUGAAUUUGUUGAAGGAGAUACGAGAACAACUCAAUUCAAUACAGUCUGAGAUCAGAAGUUUGAAAAAAACAAAAAAUCCCCAUGCUGCAGAUAAGCAACCUUUAGAUGUUCUCCAAGAGGCAAUGCUGUACUUUUGGUUUUAAUUCGAGCAAUCAAGUUCUUACUGCCUUAAUCACCGAAUUUUUAUGAAUUUCCGGGUUCUGAUACAACUGCAACUUUGUAAGGAUGCUGUUUUGAUUUUGAAUAGAGUGAAUAUUAUACAGUAAGUUUGUGGACUUUUUUUAUUUGAUUUGUUGUACAAAACCUAUUCAAUGUAAAUGUUGCUAAGUUAACAUCAAUCACAGAAGAAGUUUGAUUUAUUUUGUUUUAGGCAUGCUGUCAUUUUUAUUUUGUUUUCUCUAUUAAUAUUGGGAUGAUGAUUGUAAAUUAUAUUCUACACAACUAUCUCCACUUUGCUCGAUUUCUCAA